GCGCCCCGGGGACAACGCGCGGCGCGAUGGAGGCGCUGCUGGUCCUGGCCAACUGGAGCACGCUGCUCGUGUGCAUGGUGCUCAAGCUGCCGCAAGUGGUGGCCGUGCUGGCUGCCCGCUCCGCGCGCGGCGUCAGCCUGGAGAGCCUGGUGCUGGAGCUGAGCGGCUUCCUUGUGUUUCUAAGAUACCAGAGUUACUACAGUUAUCCCCUAGAGACUUACCUGGAGUACCCCAUCCUAAUUGCACAAGAUGUCAUUCUCCUGGUCUUUGUUCUGCAUUACAGUGGCAACAUGAAGCAAGCUUUGCCUUACAUAGUCAUAUUUGUGGGAGGAUGGUACUUUCUAACUCUGCAGAAAUGGAUAAUAGACCUGGCCAUGAAUUUGUGUACGUUAAUCAGUGCAGCAAGUAAAUUUGCUCAGCUGCGGUGUCUGUGGCAGACAAGAGAUUCCGGACAAGUGAGUGCCCUGACCUGGAGUAUGUCUGCAUACACAUGUGCAACAAGAAUAGUUACAACUAUAAUGACCACAAAUGAUCUUAUGGUUCUAGUCCGUUUCAUAAUCAUGCUGGUUCUUAAUAUAUGGGUCACAGCCACAAUAUUGCGUUACCGGAAGACUGAAAAGACUGAUUAGAUGACAGCUUCUCUCCAGCUGCAACAUAUGUCAAACAGUUUGGACCAAAAAAUACAGUGAAGCCUGAACAAGAGACCUCCAUGUCCAGGCAGCCUUUUGUAUGCCACCUGCCUCAUAUUAUCCCUUAAAAGAUUAAGUACAACGUUGCUUAGGUUUUAUUACAAUUAUUACUACUUAACAAAGCAUAUUUUAUUAGAAGUAAACUUUAUU